AUGCACCCUUUGUAUUAUUUCAUCGCCCUGACGAUAGUUCCGUUGGUAUCUGGGUACACUGUUGACCCUCCGACGACUGCGCCGAGCGACACCAUCAAGUACUGCACACGUUGGGUAGUUGCCGUGUCUUCAGAUACAUGCAGCACUCUGGCUUCAGAUGGAACUAUUACGCCAGAUCAACUCUAUUCAUACAAUCCAUCUCUUUCAGCAGCUACCUGUCAUAUAGUAGUCGGUGACUCGUACUGUGUGGAAGAGAAUUAUGGUGUGCCACCACCAACCACUUCCUCAACGAGCAGCGUUACUACUACCACUUCAACGGGUAAUGGCAUAACUACCCCAACGCCCAACCAGCUAGGAAUGGCUACAAAUUGCAACAACUUCCACAAAGUCGUUUCUAACGAUACCUGCGCGGAUAUUUCAAAGGCUGCCGGCAUUAGCGUCGUUGAAUUCUAUGCGUGGAACCCUGCUGUAAAGACAGAUUGUUCUUCACUUUUCGUGGACUACUACGUAUGUACUGGAAUCAUCGGCGGAACAACCGUCACCACCCCAAUUACGACAUCCUCCACCACUACUGGGAACGGUAUCUCAACUCCAACUCCCACACAGACGGAUAUGGUAAGUAAUUGUAACACUUUUUACAAAGUUGUCACUGGCGACAGCUGCGCGAACAUAGCGUCCACACAUGGUAUCAGUUUGGAUAACUUCUACACCUGGAACCCAGCUGUCAAAAACGAUUGUUCAUUGCUCUUCGUCGACUACUAUGUUUGCGUUAACGUGAUUGGUGGAACCACGGCCUCGCCAACAAUCACGACAUCAUCGACUACUGGCAAUGGCGUUUCGACGCCUACGCCAACACAAACAGGCAUGGCAACAAACUGCAAGAAGUUCCAUUUAGUUACUGCCGGGGAGAGUUGUCAAAAAGUCGCAGAUGAUGCCGCCAUCAAGCUAGCCGACUUCUACGCCUGGAACCCGGCCGUCAAGACCGACUGCUCUUUGCUCUUCGUGGGAUACUACGUCUGCAUAGGACUUAUCUAAGGGUUAGCUAUAAGCUCUGAAUAAGC